GAAGACGAUAUCGUGGAGUUAUCAAGCGAUGAAUACAGGAGAAGUAUGGGGUACUUGAUUAGGGUGGAGGAAGAAGAAGAUGACAUUGCACCUGAGUUCAGAAGGAUGGUGCAAAUGAUGCAUGAGGAAGAGAAGAGGCUGACAGAGGAGAGGUUCAAGGUGUUGAAGGCGGGAAUCAAGCUAGAAGAAGGACAAUCCUCUACGGGUGAUGGUAAGAGGAAGAGAAGAGGCUGAGUCCGUGACCGUCUUUCUCUCACAUGGAUCAGCUUUGUUGUACUGAGUCCGUGACCGUGUCUGCAUUGUCUUUGUCUUUGUGUCUGCAUUGUCUUUGUUUCACAUGUCUCUGCAUUGUCUUUCUUUUUGCAUUGUCUUUGUUUCACAUGUCUUUGUUUCUUAUGUCACAUGGACUUGUAAGGACUUUUGUAUUUUGUCUUUGCUCUCUUUCUAGUUCCCGUGACUGUCUUUGUAUUAAAAUCAAUUUCAAGUAGUAUAAAGCCUUCAAGCAUCUCUCACUCUCUCGUUCACAUAUCACAACAAAACUAACCAACCAAGCUUUGUUCUCUCUUUCUCUCUAAUUACCAAACGAAACAACCAAGCUUUGUUACCAAACCAAAUCACAUUCCCUAUUCCCGUGUAAACCAAGCUUCAUAUCAACACUUAUAUUCCCUCUUCCCGUAUUCUUACCAAACCCAAAUCACAUUCUCUGUUCUUACCAAACCAAGAUCAAACCAAAUCACAAACAUGGCAUCUUCUUCAGAAAAUAAUUUUGAAGAUUCACUUGAUGAUUACUUUAAUCAAUAUUUUAAUCAAGCCUUUGAGACUUUAUCCAUGCGUCAUCAAGAAGAAGGUAGGAAACAAAGAAAAAAACGGGCUUAUAUCGAAAGACAUCGUGAAGAAGGGCACAUACGUUUAUGGAAUGACUAUUUCAGUGAAACGCCAACAUAUCCUGAAAAUUUCUUCCGACGACGAUUUAGAAUGAACAAGCGAUUGUUCAUGCAUAUUGUUGAUCGAUUCUCCAAUGAGGUUGAAUUCUUUCAACAAACGCAAGAUGCACUUGGAAGGAAUAGUCUCUCUCCACUCCAGAAGUGUACAGCAUCCAUUCGUGUCUUGGCAUAUGGUACUGCGGCUGAUGCUGUUGACGAAUACCUCCGACUCGGUGAAACUACUACUCGGUCAUGUGUGGAACAUUUUGUGGAAGGCAUAAUAUAUUUAUUCGGCGAGGAGUACCUAAGAAGACCAACACCGACUGAUCUUCAACGUUUACUUGAUGUUGGUGAGGCUCGUGGAUUUCCCGGGAUGGUAGGAAGCAUCGAUUGUAUGCAUUGGGAGUGGAAGAAUUGUCCCACCGCUUGGAAAGGGCAAUAUUCACGUGGCUCGGGAAAACCAACAAUCGUUUUGGAGGCGGUUGCUUCGUAUGAUCUAUGGAUAUGGCAUGCGUUUUUUGGACCUCCAGGUACCUUAAAUGAUAUCAAUGUUCUUGAUCGUUCACCUGUUUUUGAUGACAUAAUCAAUGGUCAAGCUCCGCAAGUCACCUUCUAUGUCAAUGAAAGAGAGUAUCACAUGGCUUACUAUCUCACCGACGGUAUUUAUCCGAAAUGGGCUACUUUUAUCCAAUCAAUUUCACUACCACAAGACCCAAAAUCAGCUUUAUUUGCUAAACAACAAGAAGCUGUCCGAAAAGAUGUCGAGCGGGCUUUUGGAGUCUUGCAAGCUCGCUUUGCCAUCGUUAAAAAUCCGGCACUUUUUUGGGAUAAAGUCAAAAUUGGGAAGAUUAUGAGAGCAUGUAUCAUACUCCAUAACAUGAUAGUAGAAGACGAACGAGAUGGAUACACUCAAUAUAAUCUUAAAGAGUUCCAACAAGAAGAAGGCACCGGAAGUUCACAUGUCGAUCUCGAUUUUGAUAGGGAAAUGCCUACAAAUAUCGCCAAUAUGAUGGAUGCUCGAACUAGAAUUCGUGAUAACCCAAUGCAUGAACAACUAAAAGCUGAUUUGGUUGAACAUAUGUGGACUAAAUUCGGACAUUUAUGAAGACAACUGAGCUCGGAUGUAUCUUUCAA